AUGGUAGAGACAUUUGCAUUCAAUGCUGAUAUUCAGCAAUUAAUGAGUUUAAUUAUUAAUACAUUUUACAGUAAUAAAGAAAUCUUUCUUAGAGAACUCAUUUCUAAUGCAUCAGAUGCUUUAGAUAAAAUUCGCUAUGAAUCUUUAACAGAUCCAGAUCAAUUAAAGACAAAUGAAGAUCUUUAUAUCAGAAUUAUUCCUGAUAAGGUAAAUAAUACCUUAACAAUUGAGGAUUCUGGUAUUGGUAUGACAAAGAAUGAGUUAAUUAAUAACUUGGGUACAAUUGCUCGUUCAGGAACUAAGGCCUUUAUGGAAGCAAUUCAGGCAGGUGGUGAUAUUAGUAUGAUUGGUCAAUUUGGUGUAGGUUUUUACUCUGCAUAUUUAGUUGCUGACAAAGUAACUGUUAUUACAAAACAUAAUGGAGAAGGUCAGUAUAUUUGGGAAUCUUCUGCAGGAGGAUCAUUUACUAUUACUGAAGAUUCAAGUGAUAACAGUUUAAGUCGUGGUACAAGGAUUGUUCUACACUUGAAAGAAGAUCAAUUAGAGUAUUUAGAAGAGCGUGCAUUACGUGAUUUAGUAAAGAAACAUUCCGAAUUUAUAUCAUUCCCAAUUCAACUAUCUGUUGAGAAGACAACUGAGAAGGAAGUUACUGAUUCAGAUGUAGAUGAAGAGGAAGAUAAGGAAGAUAAAGGAGAUAGUGAAGAAACUAAGGAAGGUGAGGAUGCUCCAAAAAUUGAGGAAGUAAAGGAAGAGAAACCUAAAAAGAAGACAAUAACUGAAGUUACAAAGUCAUGGGAUCUUUUAAAUAAGAAUAAGCCAAUUUGGAUGCGCAAACCAGAGGAAGUUGUAUUUGAAGAAUAUUCAUCAUUUUACAAAUCAAUUUCAAAUGACUGGGAAGAUCCAUUAGCAAUUAAACAUUUCUCUGUAGAGGGGCAAUUAGAAUUUAAGUCAAUAUUAUUUAUCCCAAGACGUGCUCCAUUUGACCUAUUUGAGACUAGGAAGAAGAGAAACAAUAUUAAAUUAUAUGUUAGACGUGUAUUCAUUAUGGAUGAUUGUGAAGAAUUGAUUCCAGAAUAUUUAGGAUUUGUAAGAGGAGUUGUAGAUAGUGAAGACUUGCCACUUAAUAUUUCAAGAGAAUCAUUACAACAAAAUAAGAUAUUGAAAGUUAUUAAGAAGAAUAUUGUUAAGAAAUGUUUAGAACUUAUUUCUGAGAUAACAGAGAAACCAGAGGAUUACAAGAAGUUCUAUGAACAAUUCAGUAAGAAUCUGAAGUUAGGUAUUCAUGAGGAUUCUGCUAAUCGUAAUAAAAUUAGUGAGCUAUUAAGAUACCAAACUUCAAAGAGUGGAGAUGAAAUGAUUAGCUUAAAGGAAUAUGUUGAUAGAAUGAAGGAAGGUCAAAAAGAAAUUUACUACAUUACUGGAGAAUCAAUUCAAGUUGUUCAAAAUUCACCAUUCUUAGAGAGGCUCAGGAAGUUAGGUUAUGAAGUAUUAUAUAUGGUUGAUCCAAUUGAUGAAUAUUGUGUUCAACAAUUAAAAGAAUUUGAAGGAAAGAAAUUAAGAUGUUGUACAAAGGAAGGUUUAACAUUAGAAGAGACUGCUGAGGAAAAAGAGGCCUUUGAAAAUAUUCAGAAGGAAUUCGAGCCACUUUGUCAACUAAUUAAAGAAGUAUUACAUGAUAAGGUUGAUAAAGUAGUUGUAUCUCAACGUAUUUCUGAUUCUCCAUGUGUAUUAGUUACAUCUGAAUAUGGAUGGUCUGCAAAUAUGGAACGUAUUAUGAAGGCACAAGCUCUACGUGAUACAAGUAUGACAUCUUAUAUGAUGUCUAGAAAGACAAUGGAAAUUAAUCCUCAUAAUUCUAUUAUGGCAGAGUUAAAUUCAAAGAUUGCUGCUGACAAGUCAGACAAGACAGUUAAGGAUUUGAUAUGGUUACUUUAUGAUACAUCCCUCUUAACAUCUGGAUUUUCUUUAGAUGAACCAACUCAAUUUGCAUCUAGAAUUAAUAGAAUGAUUAAAUUAGGUCUUUCUAUUGAUGAAGAUGAUGUAGCUGAUGAUUUACCAGCAUUAGAAGAAGUUAAUGAUGCUACUGUACAAGCAUCUAAAAUGGAGGAAGUUGACUAA